CACCCCAGAACUUAUUGAUACCUGAGGACGAAGCAAUACAAGACGAACAACGACCUAAACCAAUGGUAGAGCAAGGAAUACCACCGGCCAAUCCAGCUAACCCACCAGUCCAAGAUCAAAUGGAAGCUAGGGGUCGACUGUAUUUGACUUUUGAAAAAGCAACUUCAAUUUUCGUAAACCAUCAAACUCGAAUUAUUUCAACAUCUACAGUAUUUCAAUACUCAAUUACCGACCGUUUAAAUGGUGAUAUUGGAUUUAGAAACCAUCGGCCAUUGCGAAAAGCGCGUCACAAGCUAAUAACGCCGGUAUGCAUACGAGAAUGGCAAGGACCCCUCGCACAUCUGUUCAACGUUAUUGUGACGAAUGCAAUGAUUGUCGGCGUGAUCCUAGGAUUAAGAAAAUCUUCAAACCCAGCAGCAGAUAGCUAG